UACAUAUUCAUAUACAUAUAAUGACAACGAUUUUAACAGAGAUAACAGAAAAAGAACAACAGAAAUUAUUAAUAGAAAAAUCAAAUCAAACCUAUUCUUCUUUACAAUUAAAUGUAACAAAUGAAAAAGAGUUGCCUGCAAAAUAUAUUUCAACUGCAAAUACAAUAGAAACUAAACAAGAAUUAACGAAUAGAAGUAGAAUCCUUAGAAAUAAAGAAGAUAAUAGUUCAAUUUAUCAUAUAUUCCUUAAAUCAAUACUUUAUACACUUCAUUUUGUAUAUAUUUUCUUUACCUCUAUUAGACUGCUUAAUACAUAUCUUUAUAAUUUAUACAUUUCUACGAGAUAUGAUGAUAUUCGAAAACGCAUACAACAUGAUAAAUUACAAUUAACAAAGAUACCAAAUCAUCUUACUAUUAUUAUCUCUCGUGAAUUAUUAAGUACAAGGUCAUGUCAAGAUUGGGAAAGAAUUAUGUCUGAAAUAUCUACACUUACUUGUUGGGCUUAUGAAUUUGGUACAAAAGAGAUAUCAGUUUAUGAUGCAACAGGUAAUAGCAAAACAAAAAAAAAAUAGACAGGUAUACCAUUAAGAUGCAAAUGUAAUUGAAACUUAAUAAUUGAAAAAAA